UUUAACAUUUGAAGUCCUCUUUAAAUGUUAUACAUGCAACCCUUGAAAUACUGCUACUAUCAGAAAAACAUUCAGUGAAUGGUUUCCAGUGGGAACUAAUGGUAAGUGGAGAAUAUUGGAUUCAGCUAACACUAUAUGUGUAGCUUGUGCCUUGUGUUCCCAUGCAGGACAUUCUAACUGACAAGACAGACACCAGGGACUAGUAUCUGAGAGGAUGGACAGCAGGAAAUUGACUUUAAAUGUGAUCAUCUUAAUGCAGACUGUGGUUGAAAUCCUGGGGAAUUUCUCACUUCUUUGCCUUUAUAUUCAUCUGUACAUCACUGGCUACAGGUUAAGGUCCACAGAUUUGAUAAUUAAGCACCUGAUUGUAGCCAACUUCCUUGUCCUUCUCUGUAAAGGCGUCCCCCACACAAUGACGGCGUUUGUGUGGAAACAUUUCUCCAGUGAUGCUGGAUGCAAACUAUUUCUGUUUCUUCACAGAGUGGGGAGGGGAGUGUCCAUUGGUAGCAUCUGCCUCUUGAGUGUCUUUCGAGUGAUCAUGGUCAGUCCCAGAAACUCCAGGUGGGCAGAGCUUAAAGUAAAAGCUCCCAAGUACAUUGUUCCCUCUAUUCUCCUAUGUUGGAUUUUGCAAAUGUUAUUAAAUAUCAUUUUCCUUAUCUACGUACAUGGUAUACGGAGUGACAGAAACAUCACAAACAACAAGGAUUUUGGAUACUGUUCUUCCAUUCGUCAUGACAAAACCAGAGAUGCCCUAUUUGCAGCAUUGCUUUUGUUCCCUGAUGUCUCAUGUUUGGGGCUGAUGCUCUUGGCCAGUGGCUCCAUGAUUUUCAUCCUGCACAGGCACAAGCAGGAGGUCCAACACAUUCAUAGGACCAGUGCCUCCCAUAGAUUCUCUCCUGAGUCCAAAGCUACUAAAACCAUUCUUCUUCUGGUGACCACGUUCGUCUACUUCUAUACUCUUUCCUCCAUCUUUCAAAUUGUUUUGUCCCUUUUGGACAAUCCCAGCUGGUUCCUUGUGGCCAUCGCUACAGUCAUGAGUGCAUGCUUCCCAGCUGUCAGCCCCUUUGUGCUCAUCAGCCGUGACUCCAGUGUACACAGCCUCUACUUUGCCUGGAUAAGGAAUGUAAAUCCCCUUUUUUAAUGAGUAAUAUGUAAAUUUCAUUUAUUUCCAUAAUGUAGCGUUGUCAAAUAUUUGAUCAAUUCAUUCAUCCUCUGACUCCUAAUUAAGCUGUUGGAUCUGAAGAAAAUCACAUACUGGAAAUGCUGAGCAUCUCCUUGAAAUGAACAAUUGUAAUAGUAUUGGCAUGAAAUGUAAGUAUCUUCUAAUUAAUUGUGUCAUUGAAGUUUUUCAAAUUCAUGUAGAAAAGGAGUUUAGAAUUUAUGGAAUAAUAAAUACCAGAUCUUGAAGUGAUCUGCAUAAUACAAAGUCUUCAAGUGUGUAGCUUUCAAUCUAAUGAAUAAGUUUCCCAGAAAUAAAAUAGUAAUGAACUUACAGAUAAAGGUAUGCAUGAAAAUGGA